UCACCUCCCUCUGAAUCAGGCCUUUGUAUGGGGAGGUGCUCCUCUGUUGGCAGUUGUGGCGGGAGAAGCCUCCAGUUCAAGUUAGAGUUCCCAACCCUGGGCAGCCAGGCCGGCAUCAUGUGUUCCAGAUCCAACAUCCCAGAUGUGUGUGGGACCACCACCAAACCAGGCCUGGGGUUUUUCAAGGUCCCAGGUCGUGCUGAACACAGAGGAUGUGAGGUGACCUUUCUGGCUGCUAGAGUGCUGGUGAGCGUGCCCACCUGGCUGAGGGGGCAGAGACAGGUGAGGCGUGUUGAGGCUGGUGCAUGCUGGGGGUGGAAGAGGCACCCCUGAGCCCACUCUGGAGGAUGGAAGAGUGAGUGCUCAGAUGCCUGGGAGCUGAGCUGCUGAGGGCCUCUCUCUCCUGUGGUCCAAAAGCUCCACACCCCUUUCACAAAAAGGUUCCUACUUAUUUGUGCAGAAGAAAACGAGCACUAGGCUCUAGCAGAAAAGUUGGAACUUAAACAGAAGAUGAAGACCAGUCAAUUAAAGUUGAACAGUGGCAAAAUUUGGUGGGGUGGGAGAAUCACGUAGUACGAGGCAGGUCAGAGCCCUGACUCUGCUGUAUGUGGUCAGAAAAGUAGUCUGUUCGGUCAUCAGUCUGUCUCCUACAUGCCAGGGGUCCCACCAGGUGUGUAAGUUUGAAUGCAAUGACUGCAAUGUCCUUGCCCUCACAGAGUGCUGCCUAGGGACUGCCUGGUGGAGAAGACCAGUAUAGAACCUCACAGGCACAGCACCUUACCCAGGCUUGGAGUGGGAGCCCUGAAGAAUGAUUAGGAAGGAGCUAGCCAAGUAGAAGGUGGGGGGAUGGGGGUGGGAUCAAGAGACCCCAGCAGAGGGGCCAGCAUGUGCAAAGAGGCUGCUACUCCAGGGCCUACCUCCUGUGAGUGGGUGCCACUAGUGCAGCUGGAGCUAGAAGGGAGAACCUUAGAGGUAUGCAGGGUGCCCCCCACUGUGUCUAGGAGGAGCCUGCGGCUCAGGAACAGGGGCCUCACCCUGAAGUGCCCAGCAAGUGAGCACUGUGUGUAGCCCGAACUGGAACUCAAGUCCCUAGGCCCAGUUCUGCUCUCCACACAUGUCCAAGUCACGUUGACAGCACCUUUGUAACUCAGUAUUAGGGUUCUAUCCCCUAGGUGGUCACAUUUGAUCCUCCCUCCUGACCCUUUAUGGAAGGACGAAUGCUUCUGCUCAUUUCUCAGAAUUAGGAAACUUAUUCUUAUACUUUGGGACCAUUAUCAAGCAAAAAGAAGAAGAAAAGAAUUAGGAAACUGAAGAUCAGUUGACCUAGUACUUAGCAAAUUUUCAUUGUUCACCCAGCUCAUCUUAGGUAGAACCAGAUAGAGCUUUUUGGCUACAAAGCCAGGGUUUCAUUCAUUGUCUCCACUACCUAACGGAUGUCCCUGCCCUAGGCAGGACACCACUGAUCAUUAGGACAAAAUCCUAGAUGUCUGUCUUGUUAAAUUAGUUUAAAUUAUUAUUGGCCAAGCACUGUGGCUCACAUCUGUAAUCCUAGCACUCUGGGAGGCCAAGGUGGGUGGAUUGAGCUCAAUUAGAGACAAGCCUGAGCAAGAGUGAGACCCCAUCUCUACUAAAAAUAGAAAAAACUAACCAGGCAUGGUGCUGCACACCUGUAGUCCCAGCCACUUGGGAGUUUGAAGCAGGAAGAUCACUUGAACCCAGGAAUUUGAGGUUGCUGUGAGCUAUGAUGCCACUGUACUCCACCCUGGGCAACAGAGGGAGACUGUCUCUAAAUGAAUGAACAAAUGAAUAAUAAUGUUACUGUUAUGAAUAAUAACAGUCUAAGUAGUUUUUUCUAACUUAUUCACAUUUCUUUCGCAGACCAAAUCUUUGUUCACAAACACUGAGGGAGAUUAGGUGAUGUUGGUGUUAUUAUACAAAUGGGGCGACUGAGGCUCAGGGAGGCGGAAUGAAUCACCAGUUUGAGGCUAAUCCCAGCAGAGAAAUUGGGUUUCCUGGCUCCUUGCUAAGUGUGUAUAUGACCUAUGAUGGGAGCGUAGGGGGAUUUAAAACAAUCGUCUUUGUUUUUAAGAUGGGAAGAAUAUCUGUUCCAUGACCAGAAGAUUCCCAGCCUGACCUUGAGUUGUUACACUGUGAUGAUGCAUGGCCUGAUGUCAGAGACCAUGGACCAGCUGGCUGAGGGUCCUGGAGAGGGCAGUGAUGGCAGCAUGGAGCCGGGUACCUGCCAGGAGCUUCUGCACCGACUGCGGGAGCUGGAGGCAGAGAACUCAGCUCUUGCUCAGGCCAAUGAAAACCAGCGGGAGACUUACGAGCGCUGCCUGGACGAGGUUGCCAACCACGUGGUGCAGGCCCUGCUGAACCAGAAGGACCUUCGAGAGGAGUGCAUCAAGCUGAAGAAGAGGGUGUUCGACCUGGAGCGGCAGAACCAGAUGCUGAGCGCUCUGUUUCAGCAGAGACUCCAGCUCACGACAGGCUCUCUCCCUCAGAUCCCACUCACCCCACUCCAGCCACCAUCAGAACCACCAACCUCCUCUUCCAUGAGCUCCGCUGAGGGACCAGCCACCUCGCUGCCUCUGGGGCACUGUUUUGGGCAAAGAGAGGUGUGUUGGGAGCAGCAGCUGAGGCCAGGAGGCCCAGGGCCCCCGGCCGCACUACCCCCAGCGCUGGACGCCCUGUCCCCGUUCCUGCGGAAGAAAGCCCAGAUCCUGGAAGUGCUGAGAGCCCUGGAAGAGACUGACCCCUUGCUUCUGUGCUCCCCUGUCACCCCCUGGCAGCCUCCAGGCCAAGGUCCUGGCUCUCCAGAGCCCAUCAACGGCGAGCUGUGUGGCCCACCCCAGCCUGAACGUUCACCCUGGGCCCCCUAUCUGCUGCUGGGCCCUGGUGGCCUGGGAGGCUUGCUGCACUGGGAGCGGCUCCUGGGGGGUCUGGGAGGUGAAGAGGGUACUGGGCAGUCCUGGGUCCCUAGCAGAGUACCCCCCCAGGCCCAGGGCACCAGCUCUGGCCCACCCUGUGCCCCGGGCAGCAGCUCCUCCUCCUCUUCUGAUGAGGCCGGUGACCCCAAUGAGGCACCCAGCCCCGACACCCUGCUUGGGGCCCUGGCCCACAAACAGUUGAACCUGGGCCAGCUCCUUGAGGACACAGAGUCUUACCUACAGGCCUUCCUGGCCGGGGCUGCAGGCCCACUUAAUGGGGACCACCCAGGUCCCAGGCAGUCAUCUUCCCCAGACCAGGGGCCCCCACAGUUGACCAAGUCCAAAGGCCUCCCCAAGUCAGCUUGGGGUAGAGGUACCCCAGAGUCCCAAAGGCUGGGCUUUGGUGCUACCUCAGAGGACCAGGGGCCCCUCCCUUUCCUCAGCAUGUUUAUGGGUACAGGGGAUGCCCCACUGGGCUCCCAGCCUGGCCACCCCCACUCAUCUCAGGUGAAAAACAAGCUCCAAAUUGGCCCCCCUUCUCCUGGGGAAGCCCAGGGACCUCUUCUGCCCUCUCCAGCCAGAGGUCUCAAGUUUCUAAAGCUGCCUCCCACCUCAGAGAAGGUCCCCAGCCCAGGAGGCCCUCAGCUAAGUCCCCAGCUACCACGGAACUCUCGAAUCCCCUGUCGGAACAGUGGCUCAGAUGGCAGCCCCUCCCCACUGCUGGGCCGCAGGGGUCUGGGUGGAGGAGAACUGUCCCCAGAUGGGGCGCAGGGCCUACCCACUAGCCCUUCGCCCUGCUCUACGAUCCCAGAGUCUGCACAGCUCAAACCACCCCUACCAGCCUUGUCCACCACGCUGUCCUCAGGACCAGUGGUAUCUCCCUGCUAUGAGAAUAUCCUGGACCUCUCCCGGAGCACGUUUACGAGCCCUUCCCCAGAGCCACCUCCAUCCCCACUGCAGGUGCCCACCUACUCACAGCUGACUCUGGAGGUACCACAGGCCCCUGAGGUCCUCAGAAGUCCUGGAGUCCCCCCCAGCCCUUGCCUCCCAGAAUCCUACCCUUAUGGGAGCCUCCAAGAGAAGAGUUUGGACAAGACAGGCCUGGAGUCUCCCCAUCCUGGUCGCAGGACCCCAGGCAACUCAUCCAAGAAGCCUGGCCAGGGGUCAGGGCGGCGACCUGGUGAUCCUGGCAACACACCUCUGCGGGACAGACUGGCAGCCCUAGGAAAACUGAAGACAGGCCCUGAGGGGCCCCUGGGCUCAGAGAAGAACGGAGUGCCAGCCAAGCCUGGCACUGAGAAGGCCCGGGCACCAGGGCGGUCAGGGGAGAAUGCCGGAGACACGGUGUCCCCCAGACCCCCUGAGCAGCCAGAAACUAAAGGGGCCCUGCGGGGGGUGGUGGCCUUAGGCACAAACAGCCUGAAGCAGCAGGAACCUGGACUCAGCGGGGAUCCUGGAGCCCGGGUCUACUCUUCCCACUCCAUGGGGGCGCGGGUGGACCUGGAGCCCAUCUCACCAAGAAGCUGCCUCACCAAAGUAGAGCUGGCCAAGAGCCGGCUGGCAGGGGCCCUGUGCCCCCAGGUACCUCGUACCCCUGCCAAAGUGCCAACCUCAGCCCCCAGCCUGGGCAAGCACAAUAAGAGCCCUCACAGCAGCCCUACAAAGCUACCUUCCAAGUCUCCCACCAAGGUGGUGUCCCGACCUGGGGCCCCCCCAGUCACCAAGGAGCACUCCAAACCUGACAAGGGGAAGGGCCCGCUGUGGGCAGACUGUGGUGGCACUACUGCCCAGCCCACACCCCCACUGCCUGGCCCCGCUGACCCAAGCCAGGGCCCUGAGGGGCUGGCCCCACACUCAGCAAUUGAGGAGAAGGUGAUGAAGGGCAUUGAGGAGAAUGUGCUGCGGCUUCAAGGCCAAGAACGGGCCCCAGGCACCGAGGCCAAGCACCGCAACGCCAGCAGCAUCGCCAGCUGGUUUGGCCUUAAGAAGAGCAAGCUGCCAGCACUGAACCGUCGCACAGAGGCCACCAAGAACAAGGAAGGGGCUGGUGGGGGCUCCCCACUCCGGAGAGAGGUAAAGAUGGAAGCCCGGAAGCUGGAGGCCGAGAGCCUCAACAUCUCCAAGCUGAUGGCCAAGGCAGAAGACCUGCGCCGGGCACUGGAGGAGGAGAAGGCCUACCUGAGCAACAGGGCCCGGCCCCGGCCCGGGGCCCCUGCCGCAGGACCCAGCAUGGGGCUGGGGCAGGUGCAGGGCCAGCUAGGCAGUGUGUACCAGGGUGCAGACACCUUCAUGCAACAGCUGCUCAACAGGGUGGAUGGCAAGGAGCUGCCAUCCAAGAGCUGGCGGGAGCCCAAACCCGAGUAUGGGGAUUUCCAGCCAGUAUCCACUGACCCCAAGAGUUCCUGGCCAGCCUGUGGGCCCAGAAAUGGCCUGGUGGGCCCUCUUCAGGGCUGUGGAAAACCUCCUGGAAAGCCCAGCAUCGAGCCAGGGAGGCGGGAAGAGAUGCCCUCAGAGGACAGCCUGGCCGAGCCAGUGCCUGCCUCCCACUUCACAGCCUGUGGUUCCUUGACUCGAACCUUGGACAGUGGCAUUGGGACCUUCCCACCCCCAGACCACGGCAGCAGUGGGACCCCCAGCAAGAAUCCUCCCAAAACCAAGCCACCACGGCUAGAGCCCCCGCCUGGGGUGCCCCCAGCUCAGCCCCCACCCCUUACCAAAGUCCCCCGCCGCGCGCACACGCUGGAGCGGGAGGUGCCCGGCAUAGAGGAGCUGCUGGUGAGCGGGAGGCACCCCAGCAUGCCGGCCUUCCCUGCACUGCUCACCGCCACUCCAGGCCACCGGGGCCAUCAAACCUGUACUGAUGAUUCCUGUGAGGAUCCAGGCCCUACCCAUCCUGUCCAGCUGGCCAAGAACUGGACCUUCCCCAACACAAGGGCGGCUGGCAGUUCCGCAGACCCUUUCCUAUGCCCACCCCGACAAUUGGAGGGGCUGCCCAAAACCCCCUUGGCCCUGCCCAUGGACCAGAAGCGGAGCCAGGAGCCCAACCGCCCAUCCCCUAUACCCCAGGGCCCAGCGUUUGGAGGUAGCCGCACCCCUAGCACAUCGGACAUGGGCGAAGAAGGCAGAGUGGCCAGCGGGGGCCCUCCAGGGCUAGAGACCUCAGAGUCGCUCAGCGACUCGCUAUAUGAUUCACUGUCCUCCUGCGGGAGUCAGGGCUGAGGGGCUGCACCACACCAUGGUCCCCUCUGGAGUUGGGGACCACAACUGGACCAGCUCUCUUCAUGCCCCACCACCUCAGAGCCAGUGGGGCCCCUCCCUGAAGGGACCAAGGAGGAAGAUGGACAAGAAGGCGAGGGGGCCCCUGGCACACCCCACUGCUCACCACUGCUGUGGAUGAGAUGGCCGUGCUCAGCUCAGGGAGAGACCCAACCCUUGGUCCCUUCUCUCACCCAGACUAAGGCUUCUCCUUUGAGGGGCUGGAGGCUUGAAGCUACUGUGUCCCAGCCUGCCAGCUCCUACUUCAGGCUGAGCCAUCCUGUGGUGCUGGGCUUACUGCCCGCCAACUGUGCCAUCUCUGCCCCGAAGCCCCACAGGGCCACUCUGGAGGCCCUGUGCUAGUGGAGUUUGGGGGGCGGGGGACAAGUUGCCUUCUCUCUCUGCCCUGGUCCUCCCUGCUGUCUGGAUGGUGCUGCCCUCCCCUACCCCGGGUCUUUGGGGUCUGUCUGUCAGUCUUUUUCAUUGUUUUUUUUUUUUUUUUUUUUGUAUUAAAGCGCCUGGCCAGGUCCCUGCCCCAUCCCUGCACUGCGGUUAAUUUAUCUGUUCUUAACGCAGCUGCUCUGCUGCUGCCUCUGCUUCUGCUAUAUCCCUAAUAAAAUGUGGGGGCCCUGCUCUGCCCUG